AUGGUGCGCUGCUGGUUAGACAUUGACAUCGGCGAUGCUGCCCAAUACGCCUUGGAGUCACGUGCAUUUGCCAGGGCGCAGGCACUGUUCGACACGAUAAAAAGCCAGGGCACCAUGCAAGCCACCCCGCCCACCCCUCUGAGGGCGGGGCGCCUCACCAUAGAGCUGUUCACCGAAGCUGCACCUCGGGCCUGCGACGGCUCAGGUGGGGACAGCAUCUAUGGCAAGCCCUUCAACGACGAGAAGGGGGGCCUCAAGCUCAAGCACGAUGCAGCGGGCAUCGUAUCCAUGGCGAACAGUGGGAAGAACAGCAACACCUCCCAGUUCUUUCUUACGCUAGGCCCCGCUCCAGCAUGCGACGGCAAGCACACUGUGUUUGGAAGGGUCGUGGAGGGCCUGCCCAUCCUCCAACGAAUAGAUGCUCUGGCGGCCAGCAAGGACGGUGAUCCCCUGACGGACGUAUGCAUCUCCGACUCUGGUUAUGAUGGCUAG